CAAUAACAUCCGGGUAAAGAAAAAAAGGACACGUCACAGAAGAUCAUGAAGACAGCAGCAGCCUGGUUUCUCUUGAGGCAAAUACAAUGAACAAAAAUGUAAUAACAGUUUUUACAGCUGUGCUAUGCAUGCUGUACAGGGAAGUGAAGCUUGAAUGCUCCCCGAGUAUUGAUUUGCCUCAAGAGAUUCAAGGCUGCCCAACAUCAGAGAAAGAACUUCAAGAAGCAGCAAAAAGAUUGAAAUGUAAAGACAAAUGUGGUGAAAUGGAAUACCACUGUCUUCCGGAUACGAACAUGGAAGAUUUCGUAGAAUUCUGUGCCGAGAGAGUGAAUAUUAUCGGGAAACGAUGUGCCGAGUAUAACAAGGAGGGAAUGGUAAUACAGGCUAACCGGUACAAUCCAUUGGCAGACUGUGAUACGUACACCAAUCCGUGUCCACAUGUUUACUUCUCGUCUGAUAUGUACAAGUAUCCGCAAUGUUACAACAGGUCCUCGAAAUUUAACUCUGUUGAAGAAGUAGACAAAUAUGGAAUGAAUACAACCUUAACAAAUUCCACUAUGAACAGGCAACAAUCAUUCAUGGUCAAGGAUAUUUUGAUUUUCAUUUUAUCGGCCGGUAUGGUAUGGUGUAUUUGUGCCAUAAUCCUCCUUGCGGGUGUUUUGCUGAUGGACUAUAUUUCGAGGAAACGAAUUCUACGAAAAGAAAAGAAUGAAGCAGAAACGACACCUUUGAAACAGGAAAAACAUCAAGAAACAACGGUUUAGUUUCAACUGCUACAGGAUUAUUUUGUUAAGGAAAUGAAGAUAUUACUAUAAUAACAGUUGUUGGUUUUAUAACAUCUCAUAAAAGAAAGAUUGUUUUGCUUUAUUCACUAUAUUUUAUUAGCAUUCGAUAUAAUAAUUUUCUUUUGCCAUUAUCAAUAUAUCUUGUUUUUGUGCUUGCUUUUCAAAAGAAUUAACAAUGUAUAACAUACUAUUAGGGAAAGACGACACAUUUCUCAAAUAUAUGUUUUGUAUUUCUUCAAUAUAAUUAAAGUCGGAUCAAAGGAUCUGAUUUUUAUCAGAUUGUGUAUUUCUUGGUAUUAUAUCAUAACUUAUUCAUUUUUUUCAUUCCCUUCUAUUUUCUACAUUGUUUGCAAAAUGUUUUUGAAUGUAAGUACCUUAAAAAAUUGCGAUAUACAUCAUUCAGAAGAUUACUUAGAAGGGUUAUCUAAGAAUAUGACCCUGUGGUAUCUUGUCCAAAUGCCUUGCAAUAUACUCUAAUUUUUUGCGAGCAAACUUGUUUUAGUACUUAUACUUCAAUGACAAAUUCUUAGAAAAAAUUAUAUGUUUUUGAGAAACGUGUCGUCUGACCUUAAAAACAGAAAUUGAAGGCUCUGUCAAAACUAGACUUGCUUAAAAUUACUUUAAAGUUCCGAUAAUGUAUAUAAAAUUGUUCUGCAUGUAAAGCACAUUGUCCUUUUUUGGAUUAACUUAUUGUAUUCCCUAUUGGUAAUGUUGUCAAAUAAGGUUCAAAAGUAGAGGUAACGAGCAUUUUUUAAAACUAAGACAAAAGUGUCAAAUGGAAUUGCCAAAAGCAUAGAUAAAAGGUAUUAAUAACAGCGAUUAAGUGUUAUUUCUACUUUAAAUCACGAAAAUACUUCAUCUUUAUAUUAAUGAAUUGAAUCUGAACAAUGUUUACAUCUAGUAAUUUGAAAUAUUAGGGAAAAGAAAAAAACAGACAAAAGUAAAGUACUUGCAAUAUGAAAUAUUUCUGAUUUCCUGAUUGAAAUAAUUUGCAAUUGUGGCCCCCGAAGCUUAAUUUGGCUUCC